AUGGAGGCGGUGACUAGAGAACAGCAAACAGCCGAACUAAUAAAACAGGACAUUGUAAAGCCGGCAUCAGCCUCAUCGGUUCUGCUGGUUCAUCUCGGUGCAGUCGGUGCUUUAGCGAGCGGUGCUGCGUUGUGCGGCGGCAGUGGAGCUUGCGCUUGUGGCGCUUUACUCCACGCCCUUCACCCGCUACAACUUUGGACGGUUUGCGGCCUACAUGCUGACAGAGCUGCUGCUAUUGCAGCACCUCUACACUAUGCUGCCAUAGUAUCUGCUAAAAAAGUAGUGAUCUGUGUUGCCAGCGGCUGGAUAGCUCUUGGCGCGCUGCUAACACCACUUGCUGCAGCUCAUCCUCCAUUGACCUACAGCAUUGGACUCGGCGGUUGCGCCCCUGACUGCAGUGCUGGGGCCACGGCUCUAGGAUUUUGCUUAACAUACGCAUUGUUGACGUUAUUGCUACCCACAACACUUGUUUUACUUUGCAGUUUAAAGAUUCUACGUAUAGCUCGUUAUCACAGACAUAGGAUUGCAGCCGCAAUAUAUGAAGUUACCCUGUCUGCCCAAGUAACGGUAACACAUCAGCGAAAUCCUUUCACUGCACCACCUCCACCGCGAAGGCGAGCAUUAUCAGCUGUUCUUCAACCUAUCGGAUCAUUAGCUAUCUUGUAUUUCCCUUACUACUGUGUCUUAAUAUGGCCAGCAAUAGCUGUUCCCCCACAGUCUUUAUCUGCACUAUCAGUUGCCCUUCUAGCUGCAGCCCCGCCAGUUAACGGUAUUUUAUACGGGAUUCGCAGCAGAGCUUUUAAAGAAUCGUUAAGAAAUUACCGUCGGAAGAAAAUGACUAAGAGUGAAGUCACACAAGAGAUUCAAGCUAGAACACCAAGCGCCUGUGGAUCGAGAAGACCUUCUUUAUCAGCCGGUUCAGGUUGUAUCAGACCUCCCACUACCAGAAGAUUAUCGGACGCUGCCGCUAUGGGUUCCCGAGGAGCAGAACGGCCUGCCCAGCGCGCAGCAUCAUGCAAUAUGUUACAAGAUUCACAAGAAGAUGAAAUACCGAAACCAAGGACUUCGGCCAUACCGUUAAUACGAGCUCCUCCUCACGUUGUGUUAGGCAGAGCUCUUGGUUUGGAGGAAGGUGUUCAUAGGGAACGAAGACGGCGCCAGUCUCCUCGGAUAACCGUAACCCGCGCUAUGUCUGACGAAUGUGAGUCACCAUCACGCCGACCCCUCUGCAGACAACACUCUCGGUCCAGCGGCGCUCUUCUAGGAACCAUGUCUUGUUCUACAGCUCUCUCGGAAAACGUCAUCAUUGACAAUCACGAUGAGCAACUCCUGCUCAAUUGGUCUCAUCGCUCUCAUGCUAAUAAUAAUGUCAUUUUAUAA